AUGACGGACAGUAAGCAGAUUGGACGAGUUACCGAUGUCAUGUGCCUCUCCCUUUUUAUACAAAAACACGGUCUUGCUGGUCUUCCACUGUUUAGAAACCUUGCAUUCCGACAGGUAACAUGUAAAGAGCCUCGCCAGGGUGUUGAUGAGUACUGGCGGAAGGCUAUUCAGGUGUUCUGGUCCUAUUCUGUCGGGAUCGGGUGCGGUACGAUUUCCUACCGACAUGAUAGCAUGUCGUACUUCGGACGGAAGAACCUUUGCAAUGACAUGUCGGUCUUCCCUCAGAUGGUGAGGAGGCAAGUGGACAUGGUUGUUGAAAGGAUCAGAGUAGAAGUGGUAGAUGAUUUUCUCCUUCUCGAUGCAAUAGCUGUUCCCUUUGGGUUCCGGAGAGCAGUCAUCCUCGUCUUGCGACUGGCGAAGUCUCGACGGGCAUAG